CCUCGUUGAAGCACCAACAACCAACCCACACGUCAACAUGUUCGUACUGGCUACUCUUUCCCUCCUGGUGGCGGCCGCCUCAGCCAGCGCCGUACUCCCCGCAGCUCCGGUAGCGGUAGCAGCUCCAGUGGCGGUACCAGCCCCUCUGGUCACGGCCAAGAGCUACCAGGCCAUCCACAGGAACUACAACACCUUCGCCGCGGCUCCUCUGGCCUACACCGCACCAGUCGCCGCUCCUCUGGCCUACAGUGCUCCAGUAGCCGCUGCGGCUCCUCUGGCUUACACCGCCGCCGGUCCCGUGGCUUACGCUUCACCAGCUGUGGCCAGUCCUCUGACUUACGCCGCUGCUCCGGCUUUCGCUGCUCCGGGAUCCAUCGCUGCCUACAGCGCGGCUCCGGCAUUCGCUCCAGCGUUCGCCGCCCCCGGCGCCCCUUUCGUUCUCAAAAAGUUAUGGAACAUAAAACAAAUUUUUAAUAGCGAAUUAAUAACUAAUACACUUUUCGUGAUGAAAAAUUUCCAGGCAACCGUCGCAGUGGCAAUGGCCCUGUUAUCCACCACCAGCGCGAGCGUUAUCGCCGCACCCCUGACUCUACCUGCAGCCUUCGGUUACGCUCACGCUGUUCCCCAGAACAUCCCGCCAUUCGCCUCCAGAGUCGACAUCUCCAGCAGGGUACGAGCAGCUCCAUUCGUAGCCGCUGCCGCCGCUCCGAUUGUCGCUGCUGCACCGGCUCUGCCCUAUGCCACGGCACCGGCUCUGCCCUACGCUGCUGCACCAGCUCUGCCCUACGCUGCUGCACCGGCUCUGCCCUACGCCGCUGCGCCGGGUUUCCCUUACAUUAACGGGCCAUUCCUGCGCCGUUGA